UCCCGGGAAUCGGCCGGGAAGGAAUCCCGGGAAUCAACCGGGAAUCGGCCGGGAAUUAACCGGUCAGGAAUCACGGGAAUCAGCCGGGAAGAAAAUCCGGGAAUCAACCGGGAAUCAGCUGAAAAUCGGCCGGGAAGGAGCCGGGAAUCAACCGGGAAUCGGCCGGGAAUCGACCGGGAUUGGACCGGGAAUUAACCGGGCAGGAAUCCCGGGAAUCAACCGGGAUUGGACCGGGAAUCAACCGGGAAUUAACCGGGAAUUAACCGGGCAGGAAUCCCGGGAAUCCGCCGGGAAUGCCGUUCUCCCCCUUCCCGGCGCUGCCGUUUUCCCGGGAUUGAAACCUCCGGAAAAGCCGCGCGGCCCUUCAGGAUGACGCCGCUCCUCUGAGAGCAUCCCAAAAUUCCCUCUGUAAUUCCCAAAAAAACCCCCAAAAAACCGGGAAUUGCGCUCGCUCCAUCCCCGCAGGAUGCGCAGGAACGGCGCCUUCUCCGAGCCGGAAUUCUCGGCCGAAUAUUCCGCCGAUUAUUCCCUGAGUUUCCCAUCGGAUCCCGACGGGAAUUUCCGCCGUUCCCGGGAAUCUCCGGCCCCUCGGGAUGCGCGGGGGGGGCCCUGCCCGUGCCUGCCGCAUUCCCGGAAUUUUUCCUUCUCGCCGGAAUCCUUGGAAAAACUCUACCAGACUUAUUUCCGCCGCCAGCGGCACGAAACGCUGCUGGUGUUGGUGGUUUUUUCCGCCCUUUUCGAUUGUUACAUCCUGGGAAUGUCGGCGGGAUUUUCCCGCAUGGAAAAGCUUUUCCCGGCGCUGGCGGCGCUGCUCGGGCUGGCGGCGCACGGAGCGAUUUUCCUGCUGCUCAAAUCGCGUCUUCUCCCGGAGGAUUUUUCCCAGAAAUUCCUUCCCGGGGGUCUGUGGGCGCUGAUGGUGGCGCAGCUGUGGGGAUUGUUGGGAUCGGAAUUCCAGAGGGAUUUUCCCGAGGCGGUGGACACGGCGGGCUGGCAGGCGUUCUUCGCCUUCUCCUGUUUCCUGACGCUGCCGCUGCGCCUGGCGCGGAUCCUCCUGCUGGCGGCCGCGUCCUGCGGGGGGCACGCGCUGGUCCUGGGAAUCCUGGAAUUCCAGAGGGAACGGCGGGACACGGAGCCCGGGGAGGUGGCCAGGCAGCUGGUGUCGAACGCGGCGCUGCAGGCCUGCGCGGUGGCCGUGGGCGCCAUGUCCUACGUGAUGGCGGACCGGAAGCACCGGAAGGCGUUCCUGGAGGCGCGACAGUCCCUGGAGGUCAAACUCAACCUGGAGGAGCAGAGCCAGCAGCAGGAGCGGCUGAUGCUGUCCAUCCUGCCCAAGCACGUGGCGGACGAGAUGCUGAAGGAGAUGAAGAAGGACCCGAGCCAGAAGGAGCUGCAGCAGUUCAACACCAUGUACAUGUACCGCCACGAGAACGUCAGCAUCCUGUUUGCCGACAUCGUGGGCUUCACGCAGCUCUCGUCGUCCUGCAGCGCCCAGGAGCUCGUCAAGCUCCUCAACGAGCUCUUCGCCCGCUUCGACAAACUCGCCGCCAAGCAUCACCAGCUGCGGAUCAAGAUCCUGGGGGAUUGUUACUACUGCAUCUGCGGGCUGCCGGAAUUCCGGGAGGAUCACGCGGCGUGCGCCAUCCGCAUGGGGCUGGACAUGGUGGAGGCCAUCGCCUCGGUGCGGGAGCGGACGCGCACGGCGGUGGACAUGCGCGUGGGCGUGCACAGCGGCGCGGUGCUGGGCGGCGUGCUGGGCCAGAAGCGGUGGCAGUACGACGUCUGGUCCACCGACGUCACCGUGGCCAACAAGAUGGAGGCGGGCGGCAUCCCCGGGCGCGUGCACGUCUCGCAGAGCACCGUGGACUGCCUGAAGGGCGAGUUCGAGGUGGAGCCGGGCGAGGGCGGCUCCCGCUGUGACUACCUGAGGGACAAGGGCAUUGUCACCUACCUGGUGGUGGUCCCCAAGGCCGGCCCGCGGCGCGGCGUCAACGGCCUGAAGCUGUCCCUGACCUCGUCCCACUCGGUGUCCCCCCCUGCGGUGGCCGCGCCGGAGCCCAACGGGAGCCUCAGCCCGGAGCCGCCUGAGGACACCGACCCCGACCCGGACACCGACGCCGACGAGGUACCACCAACAUCCCCAUGGUGGUGUCCCCACCAUGGUGUCCCCAUGGCGUUGUCCCCACCGUGCUGUCCCCACGGUGUCCCCACGGCGUCCCCGUCCCCACAGGCGCCCAACCCGUCCUUCCCCAACCCGCGGCGCCGGCUGCGGCUGCGGGACCUGGCCGAGCGCGUGGCGGGCGCGGCGCAGAACGAGCAGGAGCUCCACCGGCUCCUCAACGAGGCCCUCCUGGAGCGCGAGUCCAUCCAGGCGCUGAAGGGCGCGGCCACCUUCCGGCUCUCGCUGCGCUUCACCGACCCCGAGAUGGAGACGCGCUACUCGGUGGAGAAGGAGAAGCAGAGCGGCGCCGCCUUCGGCUGCUCCUGCGUUGUCCUCUUCUUCACCACCAUGGUGGAGGCCACCAUCGACCCCCGGUUGGUGACCAACUACGUGACCUUCGUGGUGGGAGAGGCUUUGCUGGUGGGACUCACGCUCUGCUCCUUGGCCGCCAUCUUCCCGCGGGCUUUCCCCAAAAAGUUGGUGGCCUUCUCCACAUGGAUCGACCGGACGCGAUGGGCGCGCAACAGCUGGGCCAUGGCGGCCAUCGCCAUCGUCACCGCGGCCGACAUCGUGGACAUGCUCGGCUGCCGCCGCCACCGCUGGGUGGCCACCAACGGGACCUGGGGGCCGGCGCGGGGCGGGGGCUGCGUGGAGCACCCCAAGUACUUCAGCUACAUCGCCCUGCUGGCCCUGGUGGCCACCGUGAUGCUGGUCCAGGUCAGCCACAUGGUCAAGCUGAGCCUCAUGGUGCUCAUCACCGCCGCCACCGGCGCCGUCAACUUCUCCGCAUGGGAGCCCAUCUUCGACCGCUACGACCGGCGGCGUGGCCAGCACGGCGCGUCGGUGCUGGUGCCCUCCAAGUACUCCAUGACCGCCAUGAUCUUCGUGGUGAUGCUCAGCUUCUACUACUUCUCGCGGCACGUGGAGAAGCUGGCGCGGACGCUGUUCCUGUGGAAGAUGGACGUCCACGAGCAGAAGGAGCGCGUCUCCGAGAUGCGCCGCUGGAACGAGGCCCUGGUGGCCAACAUGCUGCCCGAGCACGUGGCCCGACACUUCCUGGGCUCCAAAAAGCGGGAUGAGGAGCUGUACAGCCAAUCCUACGAGGAGAUCGGGGUGAUGUUCGCUUCGCUGCCCAACUUCGCCGACUUCUACACCGAGGAGAGCAUCAACAACGGCGGCAUCGAGUGCCUGCGCUUCCUCAACGAGAUCAUCUCCGACUUCGACGCCCUGCUGGACGAGCCCCAGUUCCGCUGCAUCACCAAGAUCAAGACCAUCGGCAGCACCUACAUGGCCGCCUCCGGGGUGACGCCCGACGCCUCCAACGGAUUCGGAGCCAAGAAGGAGCCGCGCUCGGACACGGAGCGCUGGCAGCACCUGGCCGACCUGGCCGACUUCGCGCUGGCCAUGAAGGUGACGCUGAUGAACAUCAACUACCAGUCCUUCAACAACUUCAUGCUGCGCAUAGGGAUGAACAAGGGCGCGGUCCUGGCCGGGGUCAUCGGGGCGCGAAAGCCCCACUACGACAUCUGGGGCAACACGGUCAACGUGGCCAGCAGGAUGGAGUCCACCGGGGUCAUGGGGAACAUCCAGGUGGUGGAGGAGACGCAGCAGAUCCUGAAGGAAUUCGGUUUCCGCUUCGUGCGCCGCGGCGCCGUCUACGUCAAGGGCAAGGGGGAGCUCCUGACCUUCUUCCUGAAGGGCCGCGAAAAACCGGGAUCGCUCCUCGGAUCCGCCGCCGUGCCCCUGCCCCACCAGGUGCUGGAGAAUUCCUGAAAAUUCCUCGGGAAUAUCCAACCGGGAUCCGUGUCCCCGUCCCUCCCGGAGGAGUUUUUGGGGUUUUUUUUUGGGGUUUUAUUUCGUGGAUCCCGGUUUUUUUCCCGGGAUUUUCCUCGCCGCGGGAAUUCCGGACUCGGAUUCCAGGAGAUCCAAACUCAGGGAUGGGUGGGAAGAGUCGGCGUCUUCUCCGUGUGCCGGUGGUGGGAGAGGAUCCGGGGUUUUCCUGGGAAUUCCGCCCGGAUUCCAGAGGUCGGGUCCGGCUGGGAUUUGGGGAGGACGGGAGUUGUGUAUUCCAGAUCCAUAAAUUUGAUCGGAGAA